GUGAAAUCAAAGAUCAUACAAUGCAAGAUUACACUAAAACAAAAAUCUGUGGAAAUACUGUGAGAAAUGAAAAUAUGUCAAGAAAACCCAUAACAGAUAUGAAUGCGAUAAAACGAUGGAAUCAGAUUUUGUCCAAGACGAAGAUUUUCGGAUGUAAUCGAGCAACUUCUACGAGAGAUACCACUGUAAUUCCGAAAUGUGCAAAAAUUGUUGGUGAUAUAUCACCGAUGAGAAAUACACAAAAUCAAAAAAAAAAAAUUAAAAAUUUAAGAGUUGAAACUGCUGAACAAGUUGUUAAUAGACAUGUGAAAUAUAAACGAAAUACUGAUGAUACGGUAGAAAAUUCGCAAGUUACAUCAACUACCAAAAAAAGUGAUUCCACGAAUGAUGAAAUGAAAAAGUUGGACUUUGAUGUAGAACUAACGAAUGAACAAUUGAAAACAGUCAAGAAUGAGUGGUCAAACGAAAAAUAUAAAAGUCAAACCAUGGAGAUGGAAAAUGAUAAUGAAUUAUCCUAUAAAGAAAAACUGGAUGAAGUUUUAACUGAAAAAUGUCACCUUCUACAACGUUUGAAGGAGUGUGAAAUGUUGCUAGAGAAUGCAAAUAAAAAAAUGAUUUCUAUAUCAAACAAAUCUGAUCGAAUGGUGGACAAACAGAUAGAAAAAUUUAAUACAAUUAAUGAAGAACGGCUUAAUGAAUGGAAUGAAUAUCAAAAAAAAUUGGAAAACCAAAACACUGAAUAUCAAAAAGCACUGUGCCGAAAAGAACAGUUCAUCAAGCACCUAGAAUUUAAUAUUGACUCCUUAACGCAAGAUUUGGAGAAUAAUAAAAUACACGUUAAAUGCACUAAAUCAAAUUUGCAUGAAUCGAAUGAAUUAGAAGCGUGUAAAAAUAAAUUAGAAACACUUGCUAACAUAGUAGCAAAUAUGACGUGUAAGUUUGCAACAGCUGAAUCAUCAUAUCAACAUGAAAUCACAGAAAUGAGGUAUACGAUUCAAGAAAAAGAUAAAUUAAUAGAUUCAUUAAAACUUAAGCUAAUUCAUCAGCCAGAUACGACGUACAACUUGAUGAGCAAUUCAACAGCCGAAGUUGACGAAGGUUUAUUAUACGAUUACAAUUGUAAAUAGUGAAAAAGAAGAAAAAAAAA